AUGGAUCAGUGUGAGGACAGAGAAACCACUCUGAGUGGGGAACAGGACCGCCAGACCAAAGCUCAGAGCCCAGAGCAGCAGCUCACAACUGACUCUGCUGGACUUGAACCUAAACCUGGACCUGGACCUGGACCUGAACCCAGCUGUGUGUCUAUUAAGAGUGACCAGUUCAUGGAGCUGCCGGGGACUUUUAAAGAUCAAGCUUCACCAACAGCAGAGAUCCAUCAGAGACCAGACCCUGCUGAACCUGGACCUGAACCAGAACCCAGCUGUGUGUCCAUGAAGAGUGACCUGUCUAAGAAUUGGCUUAUAACCUUCAAAGAUGGACGUCACUCUGUUGAUCAAAGAGUGGACCAGGAGAUUUCAGAGGUUCCCAGUGGUCAAUCUGCCCAGCUGCAUCAAACACACCUGGACUCCAUAUUUAUGCUGCUGGAGGGCGACAUUGUCACAUUUGUGAAGAACGAGCUGAAGAAGAUCCAGAAGGUUCUGAGACCAGAUUAUCCAGAAUGCUCAGCCAGUCAGAGGGAGAAUGAGGAGGUGUUGGAUGGUGAGGAUGAAGAUCAGAGGAGGAGCAGCAGAGAGUUUAAAGCCCCACCUGGAAGAGAUAAACCAAUCAGAACAGUAAUGACAAAGGGAGUGGCUGGCAUCGGGAAAACAGUCUUAACACAGAAGUUCACUCUGGACUGGGCUGAAGACAAAGCCAACCAGGACAUCCAGUUCACAUUUCCGUUCACUUUCAGAGAGCUGAAUGUGUUGAAAGAGAAAAGGUACAGCUUGGUGGAACUUGUUGAUUACUUCUUUAGUGAAACCAAAGAAGCAGGAAUCUGCAAGUUUGAAGAGUUUCCGGUUGUAUUCAUCUUUGACGGUCUGGAUGAGUGUCGACUUCCUCUGGACUUCCACAAUGCUGAGGUCCUGACUGAUGUUACAAAGUCCACCUCAGUGGAUGCGCUGCUGACAAACCUCAUUAGGGGGAAUCUGCUUCCCUGUGCUCGCCUCUGGAUAACCACACGACCUGCAGCAGCCAGUCAGAUCCCUCCUGAGUGUGUUGACAUGGUGACAGAGGUCAGAGGGUUCACUGACCAACAGAAGGAGGAGUACUUCAGGACGAGAUUCACAGAUGUGAAGCAGGCCAACAGAAUCAUCUCCCACAUCAUGACAUCACAAAGCCUCCACAUCAUGUGUCACAUCCCAGUCUUCUGCUGGAUCACUGCGACAGUUCUGGAGGACAUGUUGAAGACCAGAGAGGGAGGAGAGCUGCCCAAGACCCUGACUGACAUGUACAUUCACUUCCUGGUGGUUCAGUCCAAAGUGAAGAACAUCAAGUAUGAUGGAGGAGCUGAGACAGAUCCACACUGGAGUCCAGACACCAGGAAGAUGAUUGAGUCUCUGGGAAAACUGGCUUUUGAGCAGCUGCAGAAAGGCAACCUGAUCUUCUAUGAAUCAGACCUGACAGAGUGUGGCAUCGAUAUCAGAGCAGCCUCAGUGUACUCAGGAGUGUUCACACAGAUCUUUAAAGAGGAGAGACAACAGUAUCAGGACAAGGUGUUCUGCUUUGUCCAUCUGAGUGUUCAGGAGUUUCUGGCUGCUCUUCAUGUCCAUCUGACAUUCACCAACUCUGGAGUCAACCUGUUGUCAGAAGAACAAACGACCUCCGGGCUGCCAUGUCUUAGUUUGCUUUCCAAAGACAGACCCAAACUAAAACAUGUCCACCAGAGUGCUGUGGACAAGGCCUUACAGAGUCCAAAUGGACACCUAGACUUGUUCCUGCGCUUCCUCCUCGGUCUUUCACUCGAGACCAAUCAGACUCUCCUGCCUGGUCUGCUGACAAAGACAGGAAAUAGCUCACCGACCAAUCAGGAAACAGUCAAGUACAUCAAGAAGAAGAUCAAUGGGGAUCUCUCUGCAGAGAAAAGCAUCAAUCUGUUCCACUGUCUGAAUGAACUGAAUGAUCGUUCUCUAGUGAAGCAGAUCCAACAGCUGCCAGUGGUCAAAGCCUCCAAAAAAGCUGUGCUGAGUAGCUGUAACCUGUCAGAGAGAAGCUGUGAAGAUCUGUCCUCAGUUCUCAACUUAGAGUCCUCUAGUCUGAGAGAGCUGGACCUGAGUAACAACAACCUACAGGAUUCGGGAGGGACACUGCUGUUGGCUGGACUUCAGAGUCCACACUGUAAACUGGAGACUCUCAGUCUAUCAGGCUGUCUGAUCUCAGAGGAAGGCUGUUCCUAUCUGGUCUCAGCUUUGAGCUCAAACCCCACCCAUCUGAGAGAGCUGGAUCUGAGCUACAAUCAUCCAGGAGACUCAGGAUUAAAGCUGCUGUUGGCUGGACUUAAAGAUUCACACUGGAAACUGAAAACUCUCAGAGUUUUGCUGGUGCGAGGGGAAGCGGACAUACACAUUGCAGGAGCGGGCGGGAGUGAACUCACACUGGACACAAACACAGUGAACAGAAACCUCAAACUGUCUGACAACAACAGGAAGGUGACAUAUGUGGAGGAGGAUCAGCCAUAUCCUGAUCAUCCAGAGAGAUUUGACGACUGGUGUCCUCAGCUGCUGUGUAGAGAUGGUCUGACUGGUCGCUGUUACUGGGAGGUCGAGAGGAAACGAGAGGUUGAUAUAGCAGUGAGUUAUAUAGGAAUCAGCAGGAGAGGAAACAGUGAUGACUGUGUGUUUGGACGUAAUGAUCAGUCCUGGAGUCUGUUCUACUCUGAUGAUGGCUACUAUGUCAUUCACAAUAACAAAAAAACAGUCCUCCCUCUCUCCUCCUCCUCUGUCUCUGGUAGAGUAGCAGUGUAUGUGGACUAUCCUGCUGGUUCUCUGUCCUUCUACACAGUCUCCUCUGACACACUGAUCCACCUCCACACCUUCAACACCACAUUCACUCAGCCUCUUUAUCCCGGGUUUGGGUUUAGGUUACGGUCUGGGUUCUGGUCCAGGUCAUAUGGUUCCUCAGUGUCUCUGUGUCCUGUGGAGGAUGGAGAGUAUCCUCUUGUCAGAGAACCAGACAGUUCAGUCUGA